AUGUCUUCAGCGCAAGAUCCAUUCUACAUUGUUAAAGAAGAGAUCCAGGAAUCUAUCGAUAAGUUGCAAUCUACAUUCCACAAAUGGGAGCGUAUCUCUCCAGGCAUGGGGGAUCAAGUGCAUGUGACGAAGGAGCUUGUUGCUAAUUGUGGAAGCAUUGAGUGGCAGGUACUCGUAUCUAGUAAAGCUCCUGUUAAUCUCGUUCUUGCCAUGAAGGUAGAUGAGCUGGAAAAAGCGGUCACGGUUGCAGCAAAAGAUCCUGCAUUGUAUGGCAUUGAUGAAGCUGAGCUUGAAAGACGGAGGAGAUGGACUAGUAAUGCUAGGACACAGGUGCGGAAUGUGAAGACUGGUGUUCUAGCUGGAAAGGGUGGUUCUGGAGCUGGGAAUGCAAGCGAAGUGCGCCGAGAACUAAUGAGGAUGCCAAACUCGAGUGAAGCAAAUAGAUACCAUCAGUACGGAGGGAGAGACGAUGACGGUUUUGUACAGUCAGAGUCAGAUAGGCAAAUGCUGCUGAUAAGGCAACAAGACGAAGAAUUGGAUGAGCUAAGUAAAAGUGUACAGAGAAUCGGAGGAGUGGGGCUUACUAUACACGAAGAACUCGUUGCACAGGAGAGAAUAUUAGAUGAAUUGGGUACGGAGAUGGACAGUACAAAGAACCGGCUUGACUUUGUUCAGAAAAAAGUGGGAAUGGUAAUGAAGAAAGCUGGAGCGAAAGGGCAGAUGAUGAUGAUAUGUUUCUUGCUCGUCUUGUUCAUCAUCUUAUUCGUUCUCGUCUUCUUGACCUAA